CUAAGUUGUCAUCACCAUUUCGUCAUUCAACUAGAUAACUGCUCAGUUAAUCUAUAAAUAUAACUUCCUAUUCGUACGAACGGCACUCAUUUCCGUGUUGCUAUUAACAAGACAUCGUCUGUUGUAGGCUAGAGUUUAAUUUUAACAGACGAAGAAGACUUAAAGGUCACAAAAGUUUACUGUGCUGUGAAAAAUUUCAAAAUGCCGAGUGAGGAUACAUUUUUCACUAAGUUGGGAGAGAUACCUGUAAUAAAUGAUGGAUGGGUGACUGCCUGGAAUUGCUACUCCAAGAUGAAAGAUUACAAUGGGCUUACAAAAUAUGCUCUUGAUGUUGCUGAAUCAGGUGUCAAAAAGGCUGCAGAACUUUCAACCCCUGUUGCAAAUAUCUACCAGUCACAAAUUGACAGAGUAAACACAUAUGCUUGCAAUAAGUUGGAAGAUAUUGAGAAAAAAUAUCCUCUCAUCACACGACCAACUGGGGAAGUUAAAGAAGCCUGUUUGGAAUAUGUUCAGCCUGUUGUUGGGAAAGUAAAGCCAGUUGUCACUUACGCUCAGGAUGUUGUCACCAACAGUAAGAGAAAGGUAAACAACAUGAAGACCUGCAGCAGGAAUUUGAUAAAUGGGGCUCGGGAUUUUAGCGUGAACACAGUGACUCAAGCAGUGAGUGUGACCCUCGACACUCAGCCUGGUCGUUUCGUUACACAAGCUGUUGAUACAGCCUUGACCUGUGCUGAUGGAUUAGUAGAGAAAUACAUUCCAGAGAAGGAAAAUGGUACAGAAGAAUCUGAUGGAAGCAGAGAUAAUGAUGGGGCCCCUUAUGAAAUGAAUAAGCCUGAGCAAAUGGAGUUGAUGGCACCAAGUGCUGAGAGAGUUGCUGUCCAUUUUAAAGUAGUGAGCAACAAAUUAAGAAAAAGAAUGUUCCAACGUGCCAUGCAAGAUUUCCAAGGAGCAAAAUUAAAAACACUUGAUGCCAUUGGAAAACUACAUAAUACCGUUGAUUUGAUUGAUUAUGCAAAAAAGAAUUUCGGAAAUGCCAAGAAUAAAGUGGAGGAUAUUUGGAGUAAAAUCAAUGAAACAACUGAUCAAUCAGGAGAAAAGUCUGUGGACCCUUUGCAGGCCAAAAGUGCAGAAGAUCAUAUUGUGAUGCUAGGUCGUAGUCUUUUGUCUCGAGUCAAAUCAGGCAUCACUGCAUUAGAGAAAGCAUCAUCAGAAGCUGGUCAGUUUGUCAAACAUCCAAUUACCAAGUCCAGGGAAUACAAAGACUUCAUUUAUCACUUCAGUUGUGAUGUUUCGAACAUGAGUGUCAAUAAAGCAAGAGAAAGCCUGAUAUAUUUGCAGAAAAGAUUACAGCAAUUGAUUGAAAAUGUGGAAUCAUCUAAUUGGCUGGCCAUGAAUAUUGAUAUGGAGAAAAUGGAUUUGGAAGAUGAAGACUUAAGCCCAGGGGAGACAAAGGAGGAGUUAAGUUCAGUUGAGGCAACAGAUAACAGUGAUACAGAGAAUAAUUCACCAUAACUUGACCCAAUCUUUUUUGUAAUGCAUUUUGUCCAACUAUGUGGAUAAUUACAUUAUUAUGUAUGUGCUUGCUCUCUUAGAUCUCUAAGCAAUUCAUAUCAUCAGACUUUACCAAGUUAGGCUAAAAUCUUUUUUUUUUUAAAUACAAAAAUGUACAUUUAUUUGUAUCAAAAACUAUUUUGAUUCCUAAAUAUUUUGAACAACUCACAAUUUUUGUUAUAUUUAAUUAACAUUUUAAUGUAUAAUUUAAAAUGGUGUUCCUUUUUUUAAAAGACUAUUUGAUUUUUUUCAGUCUUUCUGCACAUGAAAAUUUUGAUUAAAAUAGUUCUUUGGAUUGAUUUCUAAAAAGAUUAUUGAAACUGUUUUACUUCACAUGUAUACUGUUUUUCCUUUAAAAGUUCAUCUUUGUUAAAUCAAUUGUUCUUAUUCCAGUUUCAAUUUUGUUUGUGACAUGCAUUUUUUUUUAGUAAAGUUCACAUAAAUAUCUGAUUGAAUUCUGAUCAUAAUUAAAAUGUUACUGCAAUUUAAAAAUAAAGACAAGAUGAAAAGUC